AGCACUGCAUGUUGGGAGCUGUAGCGCCGCGUGGCAUGCUGGGAACGGGAGGCGUUAAAGGGGUUUGAAAGCUCCUUGAGAUUCUUCGCCCGUGUCCUCAUGGAUUUCGGGGGGCUCUGGCCCACGUUACAUGAGCACCUGGCCCCUGAACAACCCGUUGUCUUUAUUGUGGGGAACACCUGAUUGGGGACAACGGCUUCCUUCCGGUCGCCCAUUUCGUCAAUGGGAGGCGCCCCCAUCCGGCGCCGUGCGAGUCCCGGGGGCUUCUGGGUAGCGGUUUACCCCCGCCCACUGCGUCAGCGUCUUCCUUUCGCUGCCUGACGCCGCCGAGGUCGCACGCGCGAGGCCUGUCCGCAGCAGCCGACAUGCGCUACGUCGCCUCUUACUUGCUUGCCGCCCUUGGGGGCAACUCCUCUCCCAGCGCCAAAGACAUUAAGAAGAUACUGGACAGCGUGGGCAUCGAGGCGGACGAUGAUCGGCUCAACAAGGUCAUCAGUGAGCUGAAUGGAAAAAACAUUGAGGAUGUCAUCGCCCAGGGUGUUGGCAAACUUGCCAGUGUGCCUGCUGGUGGGGCUGUGGCUGUUUCUGCUGCCCCUGGCUCUGCAGCUCCUGCUGCUGGUUCUGCCCCUGCUGCAGAGGAGAAGAAAGACGAGAAGAAGGAAGAGUCCGAGGAGUCAGAUGAUGACAUGGGAUUUGGCUUGUUUGAUUAAAUUCCUGCUCCCCUGCAAAUAAAGCCUUUUUAUGUA